GUGUGCAAAAACGCGUACUGGCUGAAGUAUCGGUAUCACCACCCGGCGGACUCGUCGCAGGACAAGGAGCUAGACCCCUUGACCGGGCAGCCACGGAACCCUGAGGAAAAGGACAAAAAGCAAACCGAUGGCACAACAGCCACCUCCGGGGCUGGUGGUCCAGCUGCUGGCGCCGAACAGCAACAGGAUCCUAACGCUGCUGCAUCUGCUUCCAAUGACAACACGUCGAGUGCGCAGCAGCUCGCUUUGGCCCUCCGGAACGCGGACAAAAAAACCGUUGUUCUCCUGAUUGACGGAAAAUACUUGCUGAACCCCCUUGCGCUGGAAGCCGGCCGCGACUCGCUGAAGAUCGGGUACGGGGUGGCGAACGUGCCUCCUUACGUGUGGGAGGACCAGGUGGCACCCAAAUACUUCCUCGCGGACGUCGGGUUCGUGAUCCGCGGCUUCGAUCGGUUCGCGGCCGCCCCGCGCGUUUUACCGGACGUCGCGCCCCACUCCGUGAAAAAGCUACUUGGCGAGCGGAGCUGUGUGGAGCUGCUCGCCUACCUCGGCCACGUGCGGAAAGACCGGGGGCGGGAAGAGUCGACGGAGGUGGAGCGCGAACUCCAGCGCAUCCGGCUCUUCGCGGGCUUCGGGAACCAACUGGAUUUCAACUCCUUUUUGCUCGUCUACAAGCUGUACUGCGACGCGAUAACGACCAAGUGGUACCGCAGCUUCCAAACUAUUUUUGGCCGCAGCAUGCGGCAAGCAGCACUGCUGCAACAGAAAACCAUGGCGGCCGAGGGCAGUGCUCUUACCGGUGCCGACGGGGAGCAGGCUUCAUCUCAGCCUGCCGCCGAUGGUGCAGUUGCAACCAGACAAGCCGGAGCAGCAGAUGAGAGCAGCGCGAAUCAAG